GCUGCUCUCGUCUGGCUAAAUCUGUUCGACCAGCCUAUGCUGCUGUAGCAAGCAAGGGCCUCUUGCCUUUACUUCCUGCGGCAUGCUAUAACUUUACAGUGUAUAUUAGGACAUUUGUGAGCAGAUAGGAUAGUUGUUACUUUCACCAGAUGCACAGGUAUCGUCUGGUGUGUUCAGAUGACACAGCAGGAGCAGAAGGAGUUCAAGGAGAGCCUGGAGGCAGCUCUGUCCUGGAUGCAGGCCGUCCAGGAGAAGCUCCGGAUCAAUGACAACACCCAGGGCCCCCGGGCUGCCCUUGAGGCCCGGCUGAGAGAGACAGAGAAAAUCCUGGAAUCGGAGCAUGAGGGCCGUGUGAAGAUGGACAUGGUGUUGGUGGCUGCAGACGUUUUACUGCAGAACGGAGAUGAAGAGACUAGAAACAACACACAUGUCAAACUUAAAGACCUCAAAACAUUAUGGGAGGAGACCUGCACCUACAUCAUCCACUGCCACAGCCGUGUAGAGUGGGUGUGGUUGCACUGGAAUGAGUACCUGAAGGCCUUCGAAGAGUUUCAGAUGUGGUUGGUCCGCACGCAGCGCAGUCUGGAGCCAGAGGUGGAGUUACAACUUGGGGUGAAGGAGAAACUCUGGCAGGUGGACCAUCAAUCCGUCUUGUUGAGUGACGUGCAGAGCAAGGCGCAGCUUUUGGAGAGGCUGCUGGACGAGGCUGCCUCACUGCACAACCGCAUCCAGGACCCCAGUGUGGACCAGGAAGCACAGGAGAGGAUGCAGGAGGAAUAUAACAGCAUAAGGGACAGGGCUGAGGAAAGGCUGUCGGUGCUGCAGAAGAUAGCUGAAGAACACCAGCUGUAUCAGAGCUACGUCUUGAAGUUCCAGUCGUGGCUGUUGUCCAAGACCAAGGAGCUCAGCACCCUGACUGAGGCGGAGGACACAGCUGAGAACAAGUUCAGAGCCCUGCAGGCACUUGACGACAGCGUGGCCAGUGAGGAGCAGACUCUGCUGCACAUUAAGGCCAUGGCAAAGGCGGUGCAGGCCAAUACAUCCCCCAGAGGUGCAGAGGUGGUUGUGAAGGAGGUGGAGGAAGUGCAUGCGUCCUGGCAGAGGCUCCGCCAGGACCUGUCUGACACCGGGGAGGGGCUGAAGAGCAGCCUGGACUCCCAGAACCAGUACCAGAGCCGCUGUAGUCGCCUUGGGGAAGACAUCGGGCAGCUCCGGGCCCUGCUGCACAGCCUGAACGAAGACCUGGAGAUGGCCAGGGAGGGGGAGCGGAUCGAGGAGCAGAUGGUGGGACAGUGGAGGACGUACACGAAUGUCCGGGAUACUCUCUUGGCUGAAGAACCCCAGGUGGAGAACCUGAAGUCCCAGCUUAAAGAACUCUUCCGCUUUUCCCAAGAUUCUCGGCAUCUGUCUGACGAUGUCCUGGCUGUCGUGAAGGAGUACCAGAGCGUGAAGUGUUGCGCUACAAAGCUGUGUGGCGAGUCUGAGAUGGGGCUGAGACAGGUGCUUCAGGACCCACUGCACGGCUUCUCCCAGUGGAGCCAGAAGGUCUCUCAGGUCCUGGAGGCUUCGGCAGAUGUGUCCGAGUUCUCGCACAUCGCCAUGCUGGUGCAGAACAUCGAGAGGCUGCUGAGGCACAGUCAGCAGCUGCAGGAGAGGUUGAGUCAGAUGCAGGUCAAGAGAGACCUGCUGGGUUCCGUGUUUGGCCCCGACAGAGCCCAGAGUCUGCUGACAGAGCUCAGCACCGCCGUGAGGAACAGGGAGUUACUGCACAACCAGCUUUUGCAGAGGAAGGGAAGACUGGAGGGCUUAAUUUCACAGACGAAGCACUUUGACGAUACCUACGACUCAAUCAGGAACAAGUUGACCGUUCUGAGGGAAAGACUGAUGUCAGCAGACAGCCUCCAACCAGAUAUCCUGGCCAAGAAGAGCCAGUCAGACCAACUACUGGUGAUCAAGAAGGACCUGGAGGACUGUGAUGCCCAGAUUACUGCUCUGGAGACUCUGGUCUCAAAUAGCCCCACUAACAAGACCCAGUGGCAAAUGCUUCACGGGGACUGGAGAGUCCUUUACAAGGCGGUCAGGGUGAAGCUGAAUGAGAGUGAGCAGAGCAUUGCGGAGCACGAGAGUUUUCAUGACAGCCUGCUGAAUGUCCAGCAGUGGCUGAUGGUCAUGAAGCAGAAGUUGGAGUCCUACCGCAGCCUGGCUGGGGAGUGGAGCGUAGACAACAGACAGCAUGAGGCAGAGAGGGCGCUGGGUGAGUUCCCAGAGAAGGAGCUUCAGCUGCACCAGACAGAAGUGCAGGGCCAGCGGGUGCUGGAGAGGACCUCUGAGGAGGGACGUGUGCACAUCCUCAGGGACAUGAAGCACCUGAGAGAGUCCUGGAUGGCCCUGCAUGACCUCAGCCUCAACCUCUUCAGACUGCUGAAUUCCCACACCUCCUCCGAGGAUCCUGACUCAGACAUCCAGCAGGAGAGAGGCCUCGCUGCGGUGCGGCCAGGCCCAGCCCGGGAGCUCUUUCCUGGGGAAGGAGGAGAUGUAAUCAGGGAAACAGGCUGCAGCAGCAGGAGGCAGGUUUCUCCAGGCUGGGCCUCACAGGGCUCUGGGUCCGGGAAAGAGCGAGAAAAGGGGGCGGAGGCGAAGAUGGAGCAAAGCCAAGGGGAUGCUUCCGGUACGUUGAGGGCGUGGGUGGAGGGAGAGUCCCAGGGCGGCGUGGAGGAUAUGGAUCUGUCCGAUCAUGAAGGACUGGGCACCGAUCCGCAUCUGGGUGGACAGCUGAGUCCGGUGACGUUCAGCCAAGGAGGCAGUCAAGGACGAGGCGGCGAGGUCAGGGGGGAAAGUAAAGCCCGGGUGCAGGAAGAGGGGGAGACAAGCCAUAAGCACUGCCUCCGUGUCGAUGAGGUGGACUCCUCCGUCGCUUGGAGGGGAGGGUACGGUGAGGGUCAGGAGGGAGAGGGGGAGAACGGAGAGAGAACCACAGGGGUGAAAUCAGGCCUUUCAACAGGCAGAAGCCCACAGGGCAGGAGGGUAGACCUGGGGGAGUCUGGGUCUAGCAGUAGCUGGGGGCCGGGGAGCUCUGGUGUUACUGCGAGCGGAGCUAUAGGGAGAUCUGGACCCAGGAGCAGCCGGGUGGAGGUGGUGGGGGAGUCUGGUUCCAGCAGCAGUGGCCGGACGGAGGAGUGGGUUGAUGAGCAGAGGUCCAGAGAGGCGGCUGUUGUUGUGGGGAUGGGGUCAGGGCAGGGACUGGGGUCAGGGCUAGGGCUGGGUAGUAGAGGCAGCUACGGAUUGGGUGAAAUUGGAGAGCGUGGGGGAGUGGGAGGAGGACAGUUGCGACACCGGGGCUCCUUCACACCAACCAAAGUGAGCCGGGAGGAUUCAGUCGUGGAGGUGCUGUCAUCCCAACAAGACCCUGCUAACAAAACCUCUGGAUGGCUACAGGGAUCAAAUCAACACGCCACGGGAGGUUCAGGAGUAGCCCUGAGUGCAGCCCACCACAAGGGCAAGAGGGAGUUUGAGGCCUGGCUACAGAAGGAGAACGAUACUCUCUCAAGGAUUCUUAACACCAAAGGGCCGCUAAGCACCAAAGAACUCAAGAUCAGGCAGAACACACUCAAGACUUUGAGGUCCAAUGUGGGCUGGGGUCAGGAGCAGUUCCUGACGCUACUGUUGUCUGGGUCUGCGGCCGGGGCUGGCUCUGAGGACGUGGGCCUGGAGGAGAUCCGUUAUCGCUGGAUGCUCUACAAGUCCAAGCUGAAGGACGUGGGAGACCUCAAGGCUCUGUUGAAUGUUAAGAGGGCUGCUUGUGCUGCUGUACAGGAGGAACACACUGAGACAGUUAAGCAGAAGACUCCAGGCCUCCUGUACCGUGUUUGUCGGGUGGCCCUUCCCCUCUGGUUACUGCUGUUGGCCCUCCUCCUCUUCGCCUUCCUCUUGCCCUGGAUGGACGAAGGCUCCAGCUGCUCUCUGUCCAACAACUUUGCCCGCUCCUUUAACAUCAUGCUGCGCUACGACGGACCUCCACCCACAUAGGGAGUUCCCCCUCCUCCGUCCGCAGCACCAGCCUCUACCCAGAGACCGCACGGAGACCUGGGAAUAGAUGGUCCAUGUUUCUUCAGCCAUCAUCCAUUCAGUGUGUGUGAGUGUGUUUCUUUGCUGUGUGUUGCAGUGUGUGGGCGGGUUGCCUUGGCUCUUUCCACCUGUUCCUCUUGAUUCAAGCUGUUCUCCACUCUGCACCCUACACAGUCAAGGCAUUUCAGAGCAUCUAUCUCUCACUUUCUGACACACACACACACACACAAACAUACAGACAGCACAUCACUCCCAUCAAUCUGCAGAGCACUCCACUCCUAUUUGGUCACUCUACCAUAGCAAUGGCUACCAAACACAGUGGACAGGAUCCAGAUUUGGAUAUUUAUUUUUAAUAAUUGGACCUGCACCAAGACAACCUUUCAUGGUUUACCCAUUUAAACAUCUUGGCAACAUGAGAAAUGGGUAUUUAGCAAAGAUGUGGAUGCUUUCAAACUGCUUUGAAGCUAUACAAGUAAUGAUUGCGAUGUGUUUUAAGGCUUUAUUUUUUUACCUGUACAUAGUGGUUUAGGGUUGGAUUUUUUUAAGUACUGUGGUUCAUGACAGCCUGGCACUGACCUCCGUGAUCAUGAGUUAGGCACGUUCUAGCCCUCCAUACGCGCCCCAAAAACAAAAUGUUCUGUCUUGUGUUGACUCAUCUGUUUUCUUUGACGGAUGCGACCAACAUGUUUAAGUGAAGACUGUUAUUAAGGUAGGGGUUGUAGUAUGUAGCACGGCUACAAGCUGUUCUUAUAUAGGGCAAACCCCUGACAUGAUCGCUUGUUGCUUUUAUUUGUUUGUUUGUUAUUGUUCUAAUUGCAUUGGUAUUUGAUUUCAUACCUGUGGUAUAUAGUGUCUAAUAGACUGGGUGGUUUGACACCAGAAUGCUGAUUAGGUGAUAGCCGUGGUAUAUGACACUCUACCACAGGUAUGACCUCGCAUCCAGUUUAUAAGAGCAACAAGGCAUCCCGGAGGAUUGUAAUAUAUUAGCUAUAUACCACACCCUCUGGUGCCUUGUUGCUUAUAAACCGAAUGCUUAGAAUCCUGAAUGCUGAUUGGGUGAUAAGUGGUAUAGGAGACUGUAUGACAUCAAACCACAUUUUACUGCUAUAAUUGUGUUUGUAAACAGUUUAGAGGCGCAAUUAGGCAUCUCUGGGAUCUCUGACGUAUUCCCAAUGUUCUAUAUGGUUAUUUGUCUUUGAUAACAAUCAUGCAGAAAAUCAUCAAUUUCUCAUACUGUACCUUUUCACAGUACACAUUCAUUAUGUUUGUAAUGUACUGUAAGCAAACAAUGCGCCUUUCUUUUCUGAAGAUGCUCUGCUAUAUUUCAAACUGCCAUAAUAACCCCUCGGUACAAUUUAACUGUCCUAUGAAAACAGCAAUUGGAAUCAGACUUCUAGCUUGGGAGUGGCACGUGAUGUUUUAUUUGACCACGUGAUGUGUUAUUUGAGAGCUCUAGAUGCUAACUUUACAUUUGUUUUAUAUGGGAUGUUCUGCAGGGUCCAGAAUAUGGAAAUGGCUCCUGUUAUGGGAGAAUAUUUUGAGCAGACUCUUAAAAUGACUCAAUGUCCCACUCAACUUUCUCUCUCUCUCUCCCUCCUUUCUCACUCCCUCUCUGGCGUCCCCUUAUCUUUUCUCAUUCACUUUUCUCCUGCUCCCCUCCCUUUGCUUUUUUGAUUUACAGACCGAAGAGUUGCUAGGGAACGAGGCCAAAUCACAUAAAUCUAUUAGUGUCCUAUCGCAUAGCACACGGCAUUGUUAUGCCUGAAAAAGGAGGUUUUUUUUAAAAAUUAGAUUCUAGUUUUUGUUGGGAAUGAGGGAGUAUGUGUUAGUUGGAGUUCUGUCCUAUGCUAGAAAGUUGUAUGGCGGUCCGUGUAUCUGUUCCCUGUCUGGGGACGUUUCAGAGGGCUGUCUUUGUCUGUCGUCAUUUAAGGUCACAUGUCUGAGAGAUGUCAGUCAUAAGGAACGUGUGUACAAAGCAGUAUUCAAGGCUUGCAUACUGUUACUGUUAGCUGGUCUUAAACUGUAUAUUUAUACCUGUGUACUUCGGACUAGAACCAAGAUAUGCAAUGCCCUUCAGACCUCACACAUUUAUUCAACAUAUCUAGCUCUUAACGUAACUGCAAAGCAAAAAUACGUAGCACAAAAACUCACAAUGCUUGUUUACCAUAGAAUAAGAUGAUAUAAGAUGCUGCAUCCUUUUGUGUACCAAUUGUUACAGUUGUCCUGGCUGGCACUUCUGCUUUUUGUACAAUCUACAUCAGUUAUAUGCGUAUGCAACCAAAUACAAUCAAUGCAAGUUCAGUGCUUAGCCAAGAAUCCUUGUAUGUAGCCAGUAUUGGAGAGAGGAAGUGGAAGAGGAUGAAUAUCAUGGAUUAUUAUAGCAUUCCCUAGAGGUAUGUAUGGGUACAAUGGUUGCAAAAGUCAGAUUAAGAAGGAAAAAAAACAAUUAUGGAAAUUCUUUUCUACUUGAUCCAGUUUCCAGGAUAACUUCACUAUAGCUGGGAAACCUGGAUAUUUGGGAAACCACUUAUUUUUUUAUUUUUUUUUAACCCUCAUUAGUUUCCAAAGUGUGUUGAAAGGAAUUUACCAAGUGCUCUGCUUAAUCCAUCAGUGUAGUUACCAUAGACAUGAGGGUAUAUUGGAGGCAUGUUAUGCAAAUUAGUUUCUGCUUUACAGAAAAGAAGUAAAUGCACAUGCAAGCUGGAAUGAAGAUUUAAAGCUUUUGUAAAACAGUAAAAUAUGAUGCUUUAUUAUACUACUAUAUUAUUAAAUGCCUAAAAUGUAUCACCAGAGCUUGUAUUUAACCAAUAUUUUUGUAUUGUACUCAAACUGGCAAUAAAUAUGCAAUGUGUAUAGUCAAA